AUAUAUCGUCGCUGUCCGAUGAAAAACACGUAUCUCCAGUUUUUGCGUUUUUUACUUUUUUUCAUGUGUUGAAUGUGGGAAUGCAUCUCUACCUAUCCAUACAAGUGAAGAUGAAAAUGACCAAUCAAAAGUCUGAAAAAUCGCUCAUCUGUUUUCCGCGUAUCUCCAUUGGCUGCUAGACCUGUCUGUCAAACCGCGUAUCUCCUCCUCCCAACCCCCGCCACCUCUCUCUGUGGACGUGAAGAAAGUUGUUCUCCGGCAGCGUAGCUCAAACACUCAAGACCAGAAAUGUCUCUCUCAUUGAAAGAGCUAUGUGCACUGGUAAAUGUACCGUAUGAUAGGACACUGGAGGAAAAGGUGUUUAGUGAGGAAGAUGAGGAAGACGAGGAAGAGGAUGCACUUUGCCCCAGAAAUAUCUCUGGACAAGAACAGGCCACUGAGGAUGUGCAAGAUCAGGUGGAACAUAAUGAAUCCGAAAAAGACGAUGCACAUUGUUCAAAAAAUAUCUCUGGACAAGAGGAUGCUGCUGAUGGACAAGAUCAAAUGGCACACAAUGGAUCUGAACUAGUGGAGGGCAAUAAAGAAAAUGAUGUAGCUGAGGAGGCUUUAGGUGGAGAGUCUCGCAUGGGAAGACCAAAAAGGCGGACAAACACAGAGACCUGGAAAGUCAACACUCAGAAAAGGAGAAGAAUGAUGGGUCAGUCAUAUCUUGGAAGAAGGCAAAAUGAGGAAGUGACGAGGGGAGAAAGAAAAAUGGGUAGGCCAUGCCAGUCUGUAUUUUGUAGGAAAUCGAAAAAGCUGCACUGUGAAGCAAUACAGGAAGCGGACAGGGAGGCAAUUUUUAAAUACUUCUGGGAAAAAUUAGACUGGAGGGAGAGGAAAAUUUAUGUUGUGUCACUGGUAGAUGUAGGCCCUGUGAGAAGACGACGGACAGGAGAAGAACAGUCAAGGAGGUCAGCAUCCAUUCUGUGUCACCUUAAAGUGGAUGGCAAAAGGACCAGGGUAUGUCAGAGCAUGUUUCUUUCAACACUAGGGAUCAAGCAGUGGUGCUUUCUAAGUUGGGUUGGCCGGAGAGAGCCUGAAAAGAUAAAGAAAACCAGCAUCAGGAAUGAAGAGGUUGAGUUCCUUCAGCAGUUUCUAAAGGACCUUCCUAAGGUUCCAUCUCAUUACUGCAGAUCUUCCUCUACAAAAAUGUACUUGGAACCUCUUUUUAAAUCCAUCAGUCAUCUUCAUUCUGAAUACACCCAUGCUUGUGCAGAAAAUAAUGUCCAGUCUCUUUCAAGACAAGUAUUCAGUAGCAUUUUUAACCAAUUAAAUCUCUCGCUGUUUCACCCCAAGAAAGAUCAGUGCAAUACGUGCUGUUCAUAUAAAGUUGGAAACAUAGAUGCUGGCACAUGGGAAGAACAUUGCAGGAAGAAGGAGUCAGCAAGAGUGAGCAAGCAGGAAGAUAAAAACAAUGCAACUGAGAAAACAAUGGUGGUGUGUAUGGAUCUGCAGGGUUUACUUCUUUGCCCCAAACUUCAAGCCUCAGCACUCUACUAUAAAACCAAGCUUGGUGUCCACAACUUCACAAUGUACAACAUGGCAACCCAUGAUGCUACUAAUUAUUUGUGGCAUGAAGGGGAAGGUGGACUCACAGCUAAUGAAUUUGCUUCAUGUAUCAUCCACUUCCUUGAGGAACACAGCAUGCAUGAUGAAUACAUCUUAUGGAGUGAUGGAUGCAGCUAUCAAAAUCGCAACAUAGUUUUAAGCAAUGCUCUGCUGAAGUUUGCAACUGAGAAGCAAAAGGUCGUUACCCAGAAGUACUUGGAAAAAGGGCAUACACAAAUGGAAUGCGACUCCGUGCACAGCGUGAUAGAGAGAAGACUGAGAGACAGAGACAUCCAUGUUCCAGCCGAGUAUGCCACGGUGAUCAGAGCAGCACGGUCCAAUCCCAGGCCAUACAAUGUGCAAUAUGUCAACCACAGUUUCUUCCAGGACUACAGCAAGCUGAAGCUUUGUAAGUCCAUCCGUCCUGGCAAAAACCCUGGAGAAUCAACUGUGUUUGACCUCCGGGCUAUCAGGUACAACGUGGAUGGUACCAUGGACUACAAAACUGUCCAUGCAGAUGACUGGACACCUUACCUCUCACCCACUCUUAGGAAGAGGAACAGUGACACCACAGUGCUGCCACUGUACACAUCCAGCCUGAGAAUCAAGGCGCUGAAAUACAAGCACCUCCAAGAACUUAAGAAUUUCAUUCCCAAGGACUUUCAUGGAUUUUAUGAUUCACUUAACUAUGAGUGAUAUGCAUCACCAGUCUGCAGGUUCACUGUUUAAUGUGGAGUUGGCUCACGUGUGUACAUAAAAAAAAAAAAAGCCACAGACCAUUUUCUUGAGUCUGACUGUGAGUCUCAAAACAUGAUUUAUGUGUUUUCCUAAUGAUUUCCCACAAGUAAUUCAGAUUUGUAUCCAAUAUCUACAUGGAAUUUAGUUAUUUAUCAAAAAGAGAUAUAACAUUUUAUUAGUAGUUGAUACAGGUUAUUCUAUUGAAAUGUUUGUUGGUUCGUAUGUUUUUUCUUGUACAUAUCUGAAAUUUAUAUGAGGUUUUUAUUAAAUGAUUGACGUUUCCUCGUACAGUAAAUAAUAACUUGAUUUAUAAAUUACAUUGUCUGUAACUUUUAAAUUUGUAUUAGUUGAAAGGUAUCUAAGUGACAUAGUAAAACAUUUCUUAAUAAAUCUAUAAAUAUC